ACGCGCCGGCCAAAGAGCGCCCGAGGGCGGUCCUAGCGCCGGGGCUGAGACCACCUUACCGCCGCCCCGCUCCCCGCCCUCGGCUGGAGGCAUAAAUGCUGACUGCGCUGCCCACGUCGCCAGCUGCGAAGUUCGCCGUCCGACCGCCUUGCGCCCGGGCACCGUGGCGCGCUGGGUCUCUCGCUCCCUGCGCCCCUCCAGGCUGGACGUGGCCAUCUCCCCAGGGACUCUUCCAGCCCCUCUCCCAACUCCUGCGCGCGCGACGACUGCGGCUCCAAGCGCACGAGUGAAGCGGCGAGAUGUGGAAGGCGCGCAUUCUGCUGCUGCUCCUGGGCAGUGCAGGGCUCUGGGCGCCGGCGGCGGCGGGAGCCGUCACGUCCCUGCCGGAAGACGAGGUUGUGACUCCGGGUGUGGACGGUGGCACGGGACUCACAGGGGUAGAAGAUAAUGUGGUGACCAGAGGCGCCAGGGAAGAUCACUCAGAGCCUCACGGUGUCACAGCUCUGGUGCCAACAAAUGCAGAGAGUGUUACAAGCCAUCACUUCGAGGAUCACUCAUUCCUGCACAGCACAGUCCCUGCCCAUAAAGAGAGCCAGAAACCAACGACCCCAAAUGCGGCUACGAGUCGGUCCAUGGAGAAAGCGGGUGAAGAGCCAGACACAACCAUUGAGAAAGGUGGUUUGGCGACAGUGACGCUGGUUGGAAUCAUAGUUGGGGUCUUACUAGCCAUCGGCUUCGUGGGUGGGAUCGUCAUCGUCGUUGUGCGGAAAAUGUCGGGAAGGUACUCGCCCUGAAGAGCUGAAAGGCCGUGCCCUCCUGACAACCUGCUGAAAACAGAGUUCCUGACGCCCCCCGUCCCCGAGCUCGCGGGAGAAGAUGAGCCGCAGAAAACUCCACGGCGACCCCUCUGCCUGCCAGAAACGACCGAAGAAAGGAAAAGUCGCACACGACUCGGCUCCCUCCUCUAAGCAUUUGCCUUUUGAAAUUUUUUUAAACGUAAUUAAAAAAAAAAAAAAGUUGAUAGAAAAGACAACAUGCAUAGGAAACGGAGCAAAACUAUGUGAACUACUGAGUGCUGAGGCCAUGUCCCCCAGUCCGUGUUAGAGGCUGUCAUCGCGUCUGCGCUCUGCUGUUGUGAAAUGCGGAGGAAUGGUCCCAUGUUCAUACCAGGAGGGUGCUCGGGCCGGUGCUGCUGAGCUGGUGGAGUGCGCUCGCUCCAGGCUGCACGGGUCUGGUUUUGAUUUUUUUUUUUUUUAAAGCCUGAUUGAGUGUGUGAAUAAUCAAGUAGAAAAUCUAAACUUGGAUGCUGUGAGCAACGGUCCAGAUGAUUUAUCAGAGGCAUCCAUUUCCGACCGUAAACAGGAAGUCCGCACUCUGGGGGAGAAGGCGCGUGGGUUCUCAGAGCAAGGCCACCAGGCGGCCUCCGGGCCAGCGUUGACUUGAUCAGAUGAGCUCCUGUCUGUGCCCCGGCUUCCCUCGGGCGGUGGGGAGCGGAGUGAAGGCAGCAGCCUCCUCUCUUGCCAUGGUGCUCGUCCUGCGGAUGGGCUGUCUGGCUCUGGAAUAUGGAGACCUCGGCCCCAUGGGGUCGGAGGCUCCCGUGUCCCAGAAACCAAGAGUCGUGUUGGCCACCAAGCAAAAAGAGAUCCUGUGUGUGCCUCUGGCGUGGAAAUAGAAGCCGCCGGCUUGUUAGCAUUUUCUGUCUGCCCCCAGGGAAAGAGAAGGCGAGAAAGACAUAAUCGUAUGCCAUAGGAAGGUACUGCAAAAAGGUUUUAGAAAAAUGGAAUUAAAAGAUAAGUGUAGUGCAAAAAAAAAUUUUGAGAUUCAUGAGUGGUAUUUGGAUAAUAUGCAUUUUCCAGGAAAUGUAUGAAGGCCUUGCCUGUCAAUUUAAAUAAAAAACGUCCGGGUUCGACACCUGGACGUCAGCCGAUAGAGAGAAGGCGUCUUGGAAGAGCUUCACAUUUCCAUCACCUGCCGUCUGCUCAUUCCGAUUCCUGAACAGGAGUGAGGAAUACUGCCCAUUUCUCCCUCCCUAUCCCACCCCCACCCCCCGGCCACGGUGGACAACAGCAGCCCGCCCUGAGUCACACACUGGACUCUGGGUUUCUUGGUCACAUCUGUGUUGGUGUGCAAUGCAGUGUAGACAUGUUUUCAAAUAAAACAGAUGCUUGUGUAAAGAA